AGUUCUAAUUGUCAACAUUAGAAGUAACGUUAACUCUACCAGAGUAAGUUAACAACCUAGGGUUGUUGUAAGUUUGGCUAUGAUCACUUGUAAACUUCAUUUCAAACUAGCCCACUAAUUGGCCCAUACGUACUAAUCAACAAUGGCGGAAUCGAAAAAUAACACUGGAAACGACGAUAAGGCUCUUUUGGAGCAAAAAAUGCAAGAAUUCCCGAACUCGAAAGCCCUUCUAAUCUCCUCCAAACGCCCCAAGACCUUUCUCGUCAGGACCGCGUGCGAACUUUUGGCUGGAGGGACGGAAGUAUUGAUACUUAGUGCUUUGGGUGAUGCGAUGGGGUUAUGUCUUCAAUUGCAAAUGUUGUUGACUUCUAGGAAUGCUGCCACAACUUUCCGCAUCGAAACCCUGUUGAACAAAUGCGCUCAUGAGAAAACUCGCAACCCAUUUCAUAUACCAGGAAUUUUGAUAUACAUGAGGAAACAUCCUGACUUCAAAGGAUCCAGGAUAUCACCUGGUUACAUUGCCUUUUCUCCGCAAUCCCCAAGCGGUUUCACCCCGCCAUUUGAGGAGAACCCCUCUGAAGCUGUAUGCAAUGUGAAUGCAGGAAAUGGAAAACUCACGAUUGGAGGGGGAGGUAUCAAUGCACAAUUUGCCUCCUUGCUAUCCGGAGCAGGUCAUGAUGUACCUGCUUACGCAACACUCUUCUCACAAUUGCUUCAAGAGGCUGUUUUGGCAAAUGAUGAAAAUCCAAAGGUUUUUGUUGCAACCACUAUGGAUACGCAGGUCAGCCAUCCUGAUCUGAGCUUUGCGUUGUGUCGUUUGCCAAAGAACAGGUCGGUCUUCAAGGGAACUAAUGAGGGCAUCGUUUUUGUUUGCACCUUCAAGGACAAAUUUCCACACGGAAACUCCAACAACUUUGGCUUCCUUUAUGUUGUUGGACCGAACGGAGAGAAUUACGACUCCGUAGAUGACUUCCUUGAGUCUGUCCAUCAUGUCGGAGAAAAUCUAGUCACUGCUUUGUGUGACUACAAUGGAAUGGCCAAACGCGAGUCAUCAAAGAAAAUGACGAGAAUUCAAACUUGCCGUAUUUGUCUCAUUAGUGGAGGAAUAUUCAAACACUCUGGUGUCACCAAGCUCGAUGUGGCCAAGAGCUUGCUUAACGGUAUAGCUGAAGGCUACAGACACGGUCCCGCACCCAGAUUGAAUUUUGCCUAUGAUGAAGAUGUAUUCAGAACGGCAUGGGUAGAGACCACUGGCUUAAAGGCCUCAGUUCCCAGUGAUGGGAACUAAAUUUUAAUUUUAAGGCAUUUUUUAAUCCUUAAGGCUCCCAAGGAGAAAUUUCUCUCGAAGAAAUUC